AUGACUUCCGUUGGCCUUCGUCUUAGAGGUGAAACGUACAUCUCUCGAGUUUGCAUUCGUCUAAUGAGUUCUGUUACACCACCAUCACAGAUGUCCAUCACCAAUUUCCUUGUGUGCUUCUUGGCUGUUGUCAUGACCGUCGCUGGUGAACCAACUGGAUACAGGCCGGCAAUGGCUUACCAAGCUCCGGUCUACAAAGCUCCGGCGUAUCAGGCACCUGCCUACAAGGCUCCUGCUUACCAACCUCCUGCGUACCAGCCUCCUGCUUACCAGCCUCCUGCUUACCAGCCUCCUGCUUACCAGCCUCCUGCUUACCAGCCUCCUGCUUACCAGCCUCCUGCUCCUGCUUACCAGCCUCCUGCUUACAUGGCACCUGCACCUUCAUAUAAAGCAGAUUCAGCUUACUAG